CAGAGAGAUCUAUUCUGAGAGAUGAGCUGCAAUGCCCAACUUAUAUUUGACUGUCUAUUCUUAAAACUGGAAAGGAAAAUACAUUAUGGAACUCCCUGCACCUUCUCUGGCUGAUGGGCACUCCAGGUUGGUCCCUGCCUUGGCAUUCUGUAUUCCGGGGAAGAGGGAACCUCCCAGUGGCCUCUGGUGGAACAGAGUGCCUUCCCUUCUGUUCUCCAGCAGUUCUCCAUUCGCCAUAUUGUGUCACAAGCGAUGGCUGAGCUGAAGUUUCCUGCAUCCUGAGGAGAGUAUGUAUAAAAGGAAUGGCCUCAUGGCCAACGUGACAGUGACCUCCGCCACUCCAGAGGGCAGCAGCAGUUCUGACUCUCUGGAAGGACGGAGUUCAGAUUAUGCCCAUAAAAGUUACGAUGCAGUUGUAUUCGAUGUAUUAAAAGUAACUCCAGAGGAGUUUGCCAGUCAGAUUACAUUGAUGGAUAUGCCAGUAUUUAAAGCUAUACAGCCAGAGGAACUAGCAAGUUGUGGAUGGAAUAAGAAAGAAAAACACAUUCUUGCCCCAAAUAUUGUUGCCUUUACACGGAGGUUUAAUCAGGUCAGUUUCUGGGUUGUACGAGAAAUUUUGACAGCACAGACCCUAAAAAUACGGGCAGAAAUAUUGAGCCAUUUCGUGAAAAUAGCAAAGAAACUUCUAGAACUGAACAAUCUCCACUCCCUCAUGUCUGUGGUAUCAGCCCUGCAAAGCGCACCUAUUUUUAGGCUGACAAAAACCUGGGCACUUUUGAAUCGCAAAGACAAAACCACCUUUGAGAAGCUAGACUACUUAAUGUCCAAGGAAGACAACUAUAAGAGGAUGCGGGAUUACAUCAGAUGCCUCAAGAUGGUCCCCUGCAUUCCAUACUUAGGGAUCUACCUGUUGGAUUUAAUCUACAUUGAUUCAGCAUAUCCUGCUUCAUGCAGCAUCAUGGAGAAUGAACAAAGAUCCAAUCAAAUGAACAAUAUCCUUCGAAUAAUUGCUGAUUUGCAAGUUUCCUGUAGCUAUGAUCAUCUUAUAACAUUACCCCAUGUGCAAAAAUACUUAAAGUCUGUUCGAUACAUUGAGGAGCUUCAAAAAUUUGUGGAAGACGACAACUAUAAAUUAUCCCUAAGAAUUGAGCCAGGAAACAGCUCACCACGACUGGUAUCGUCAAAGGAAGAUCUUGCAGGUCCGUCAGAGGUGUCAGCAGCUGUGAGGUUCAGCAGGAGGCCAACCUGUCCCGAUGCCUCGGUGGCAGCCAGCCUGCCCACUCCUCCUGUACCAAGACACAGGAAGAGUCACAGCCUGGGAAACAAUAUGAUGUGUCAGUUCAGUGUAGUUGAGAGUAAAAGCGCCACGUUCCCAACAGAGAAGCCGCGCCACCUGCUGGAUGAUAGUGUGCUCGAGUCCCACAGCCCUGUCAGGAACCACACUUUAAGCUCUGUUUUCACCAAUGGGGUUUCCCUAGGGAGCAGUGAAAGCUCAGAAUUUAGCGAGGAGCCUUCUUCGGGGCUUGAAAGGGGUCGGUUGUAUGCCACGCUGGGACCCAACUGGCGGGUACCAAUUCGGAGCUCUCCCAGAAGUCGGAGCUGUGUUUACAGCCCCACAGGUGCCUGCAGCUGCACAUCAGGGAGUUCGAUGGGAGUUGUCACCAUGGAAGGGCCUUUAAGAAGGAAGACACUACUGAAAGAAGGCAGGAAGCCUACGCUUUCUUCAUGGACUAGAUACUGGGUUACUCUUUCAGGAUCUACUCUCAUUUACUUUGGAGCAAAGUCAUUAAGAGGCACUGAAAGAAAGCAUUAUAAAUCUACUCCAGGAAAAAAGGUUUCCGUCGUGGGCUGGAUGGUAGCACUGCCCGAUGACCCUGAACACCCUGAUAUUUUCCAGCUAAAUAACCCGGAUAAAGGCAAUGUUUACAAGUUCCAGACUGGUUCAAGGUUUCACGCAAUACUGUGGCACAAACAUUUGGACGAUGCAUGCAGAAGCACCAGGCCUCAGGUACCUGCAAACCUUAUGUCAUUCGAAUAACAUGCUUCAGUAUGUGUAACUUCAAGUGCCAAACUGCAGGAAGGGAAUUUGGUUCCCACAGGAGAACGAAGAAAGGAGACUCCAGAGUGAGCCAGCUAGCUGUCUGUAACAGCAACUUCAGCACUUUUCUAUGUAACUUGAAAGUAAUUAUGACACAGCUUCUUAAAGCAGAAAAUGAAUGUUGUCCUUAGGACAGUCGCUAACCCAAUGCACUGACGAGAGAGUUGAUUUAAACUGAUCAAAGAUACCGCCUGCUCUGCGCAGGAUCCUUGAGUCCUUGACUUUAGCUUCUGUGGUCACAGACUGCUGUGGAUUUCUGUUCUACCACGAAACUGUGCAUCACAUCUUCUGCGGAUUCUUUCUUUUUUUUUACUGCUCUUUUUAUUGUUGAGCUGCUUUAUGUGACUGAAGAACAUUUAGCCCAUGUUGGGUUUUCAAUUAUUUCUAAUGCACAAAACAAUUGACAGUGUUAACUUGCUGCAAAGUGUCAAUUAGAAUAGGACAUUGUGGAACAACCUUUUUAUAACCGUAAGUGCACUGAGUUGCUUGGCAAUGCGGCUGCCUCAGAUUUUAUAUCAACCUUAGGGACAAGACUGAUGUUCAUGCCUGAGCUGUCUGGGAAAUAUGUAUUUUGGCACGAGAAAAACCACCUGUAAAGUUAGCGUUCAUUUCGUGUAAUUGGUUGUGCUGCAUUGUUUUUAUCAGCUUGAGGUACCCAGGCAAACUGAAGGGUCUAUUGCUGCUGAAAUUCACUUAGUGUUAAGGGUCCUCCUGGGUUCCUUCACUGCAAACGAAACAUCUGCCUUAAAUUAUUUUGCUUGCUCUUUUUUUAACUAUGGGUGCUAUUCAUCAGAAACAUCUUGCUGUGCAAGGGGUGCUGCGCCCACGGAGCUGCUUCCAGGCUAGAGGGCCUCUGGAAGAGUUCUGCUGUGGAGGGGCGUAUUUCCCCCACCCCGUUUCUCCUGCUGAGGAAGCUGUCGCUAAACCCUAAACAUUUACUGCCCCUUCUCUUUAGCAAAAGGUCAUUAUUCAGGUUCCACUAAGCAAGGAAAGAACCCUGCAGCUGUUGGCCCCUUCCGGAUAACCGAACGAAGACCCUUGGGCAAGCAGCGAGGGCUUUCCUCUCAGAACGGAGGCGGCUGGGGCAGCACUUGCCCCACGGGGAGCCAGCAGCCCUGGAACAGUCACACUGCCUACUGAUCUGCCUGGACCUUGACCACGUUUGAACCCGUUUUUAUGUUGAAUACCUUUCUUUAAUGUUCAGCAUCUUGAUGGUUGACUGUAAUGUCUGAGUUGCCCUGUCAAUGUGUGUGUCAUAGUCCCAAAAGUGAAAUCAACUAUGAAACCCACUCUCGCCCAAAAGAAUCUGGCUGGCUCCCUAGCAGGGCCUUGGGCAGCCUUCUAGCCGGGCACCAUUUUUACUUGGCUCGCGGCUGGUUGCCACUCAACCCAAAAGCUAACUCCAUGUUAGGAUGGUGGUAAUGGAGCACCUGUUGCCCAAGAAGAAACGCCACUGUGGGGAAAUAAAAUCAGCUUCCUGGUGCAUUGUCACCUCCUAAUACUGUAUUUAGGACACAAUUCUGCAUGGUUCUCCUGCACACGUGUGCAUUAUUGCAGAUAAAGCACCUCUAGGUUUUCAUGACAGUAAUUAAAAGUCCAGGCUCCAGUCCUACAGGCUGAGGCCAGGGGAAAAUGCCACCUUCUUAUAUUAGGAACCGAAGCUUAUCUAGCCAUGUCUCCUCCUCCAAAAUGUUCUGGAUUUAAGCCAGAAUACACUAUGACAUCAUGGGGAACUCUGCGGCCCUGUUUACCCUUGUGUUAAAUCAAACCCUCCUCACUGUUAACAGUAUAUUCCUGAAUUUCAUCUUGUAAAAGUUUUGAGGAAGAAAAAUGGAUACGAGCACCCACCUGAGAAACAGUGCAAGAAAUUGGCCUUGCCAUCCUGCGAAUAACCUGUCACACACAAGAAGUUACAAUGCAGUUAAUUGAGUGACUUGUCCAUAAACUGCCUGAAAGAUCUAACAGUCGUGUUCAGGUACCUCAUCAUACUUGGAUGGAAGAGAACCAUCUGUGCAGGACAUUUAGAUCUCAGUUGUGUAGCGGUUAAAAUACACAUUGGCUAGAGUACACAAUUCUAGUUCCUCCCACAUUACAUAAAAUAAAUUCGAACUGCCUGGGAUGAAUUCCAAAAUACAAACGAAGAUUGACCAAGAAUCUUGGGGCUUGUGGUUAAUGUUUGCACACAGGAACAUUCAAAUCUUGCAACAGAUGCCCUAAACUUACCUGCUGAUCAUGGGUCACUGCAGCAACGGCCAUAGUUCGAUUGUUAUUAGGUAUCUCUGCUAGGACCGAUGCAGCCACCCACCAUGACGGAGGCAACUGAUAAGCAGACCCGCCACAAGGCCAGUCCCUCUGAAUAAGGAUGUGUAGUAUUUAGCUAUCAAACACUUUCAAAACAAGGGCUCACACAAAGCAAAUCUCUCUCUAGCUUUUAUAUUUUACUUCAUGGAGAAACAAGGAAUUGGUAGUUUGGUCUUCAAAAAAAAAAAAAUGACUGUGUCAAGAGAAAAAUGCCUCCCAAACCUCACCAGCCUCCAUUGAUUUUCAUCACUCUCCUAAACCAAAAAAAGAAGAGAAAAUCUGGACUGGAAAUCAGCAGGGGCCUUGGUAUGACACUGCAUGAAUGAAAAGAACAACUUGUUACGGGGACGCCCAAGUGGAGAAGUAUUGCUUUGUGUAAGGAAUGAAACUUGCAUGCAUCUGCAGAAGGAAGAAAAUCUGUUGGAAUUAAGCUACUUGAAAGUCUCUCGGCUAAUCCGCAUUUGGAAUGUUUUGGGUUUCUUUAAAGAACCCGUGAUACAAAACGGCUGACUGUGAUUUUUCUUUGUUGUGUAGAUAGUAUUGCAUCUGAUGGACAUGGAAAAUUGUACAAUAAUGACGUGUGUGAUGAUGGAGUAGGACGGUGCAGUAUUCAGCAAUGCAGGCAGCUCUUGCUGCACAGUGUUUCAGAAGAUGAAGAAAGUGAUAGAACAGUAUAUGGAUAUUGUUGUUAGCAUAAUCCACAUUUAAAUGGUUCUUGUCCUAUAAAAGCAUGAAGGUCUACUUAGCUACUGAUUUUUAGUGCACAUUUUACUGUGAAUAAAACAAUGCAUAUUGGUACUUUAAACAUAUUAUUUUUGUCCGAUCAGAUACAGAGCCCAUGCGCCUCCAAUGGACAUGUCUAUCCCUAAUGCACACAGAGCUCUUGCGCUCUCUACCAAACUUAUUUCAGUGGUGGCAAGAGACCCACGUGCAUGAAGACAUGGUUCUCCGUAUCAGCGUCUCCCCUGAAAUGAGCUGGGGCGGCUGAGCUGAGGGGAUCGCUCCACACCUGCACACGGAACAGGCAAUGGGCCACGCGUCGCGCCCGAGGGUUGCACAAAGCGAAGGCUGCCUCUCCGCGCAGCCUUUUCGCGAUGGGGUCCCUGUCGAAUUAUUUUCAGGAUGACAAUUCGCGUAGCGACAUUGAGGCAAUAUUAUUUAUUUUUUAAUUUAUUAGUAUGUGCGUAACUUACAAGUAAACUUAGUGCCAAAAUGCAUGUUUUUCUAAUUAGGACUCAGUUGAGGCAUAGACAAUAGUAUUCAAGUUUCAACCCAUUCAUCACAUUGUGUUGUAAACCAAUUUCUAUAUUUCAAUUUAUUUCUUGUGAGAACUGUUGCACUAAUUUAUUUGAUUUUAAUUUUAGCCGUAUUUCAGCAGCCCACUGCAUGCCAUUUGUGUAAUGCCUCUUUCUAAAAAUUCUUGUGAAUUGUCUCACUCAUGAUAACCACUGAACUGUUAACCUUGUGUGGGAGUCUUUUAGGUUUUUGGCAAAAGUAUUUUGUUACCUCAGUCUUCUAUCAGGUUGCUGUAUUUUUCAGCUUGUUACAUUGAUAAUAAUUGUUUCACUAAUUAAAAAAAACUUUACUGUAAAA